AUGGGACACUCAGCUGUCCUCCUCGCCGUGGCUCUGGCCAUCCUCCCAGCUUGUGGGACUGGGGCUCCUCUCCAAAGGCAACACAAGCUACUCCUCGUAUCCUUUGAUGGCUUCCGCUGGAACUAUGACCAAGAUGUGGACACCCCUAACCUGGACACCAUGGCUCGAGAAGGGGUAAAGGCACGAUAUAUGACUCCUGCCUUUGUCACCAUGACCAGCCCCUGCCAUUUUACACUAGUCACUGGCAAAUACAUCGAGAACCAUGGGGUGGUCCACAACAUGUUCUACAAUACCACCAGCAAGGUACGGUGGCCCUACCACACCACGCUUGGGAUCCAGAGCUGGUGGGACAACGGCAGCAUACCCAUCUGGAUCACAGCCCAGAGGCAGGGCUUAAAAACUGGCUCCUUCUUCUAUCCCGGAGGGAAUGUCACCUACCAAGGAGAGGCGGUGACAAUGAGCCGGAAGGAAGGUAUCUUUCACAAUUACAAAGACGAGAAGGAGUGGAGAGAAAACGUGGACACUGUGAUGAGGUGGUUCACGGAGGAGGGUGUAGACCUGGUCACCCUCUACUUCGGGGAGCCAGACUCCACUGGCCACAAAUAUGGCCCUGAGUCCCAGGAGAGGAAGGAUAUGGUGCGGCAGGUGGACAGGACUGUGGGCUACCUCCGGGACAGCAUCGAGCGCCACCACCUCUCGGAGAGCCUAAACCUGAUCGUCACCUCCGACCACGGCAUGACAACAGUCAACAAGAAUGCCAGCGACCUAGUCGAGUUCCACAAGUUCCCUAACUUUACCUUCCGGGACAUCGAGUUCGAGCUCUUAGACUAUGGGCCCAAUGGGAUGCUGAUCCCCAAGGAAGGGAUGCUAGAGAAGGUGUACAGUGUCCUCAAGGAUGCCCACCCCAGGCUGCAUGUGUACAAGAAGGAAGACUUCCCUAAGAGCUUCCACUACGCCAACAACCCCAGAAUCACCUCUCUGCUCAUGUACAGUGACCUCGGCUAUGUCAUCCAUGGGAGAGUGAGUGUCCAGUUCAACAAAGGUGAACAUGGUUUCGACAACCGAGACAUGGACAUGAAGACCAUCUUCCGGGCUGUGGGUCCCAGCUUCAAGGCAGGCCUAGAGGUGGAGCCUUUUGAGAGUGUCCAUGUGUACGAGCUUAUGUGCCAGCUGCUGGGCAUUGUGCCCGAGCCCAACGACGGGCACCCUGGCACCCUGCAACCCAUGCUCUGGUCAGGGUCUGCUCUCCCGCUCAGCGGCCAACUCCACUUGGUCAUGCCAUUGAUGGGGAUCCUAAUGGUUCUGGCCAAGGUCACAUAA